AUGAUGCGUUCUGUUCGCAUGCAGAGCGGCAAUGAACAGGCGAGUAUUUCGGAGCGUUCUUCUGGUGGCGGAUCGUCCUCGGGAGCUGAACACGGCCAGCCACCGCCUCGGGAUGACCCGAGAUGGAUGUCCAACAUUGCCGGCACCGUCGGUAAACGCCUUAACGCCACUGUGAUGGAAGGUGGGCCUACCAAAACCAAGCUACGUCAGUUAGGCACACGGACUCAGGAGUGGCGCCCGUUCAAAUCGCUGACAGAAAUUUUGCUGUUCGUGUUCGGCGUCAAGCAUCAACUAUCGGGGACGGGAAUGACGGAUUUGUUCGACAUCUUAACGUUCGUCGAUGGGCAGCCGGGCGACGGGGCCGGGGAGGGGAGAGGGUUCGACACCGCUGACGUCCCCGAGAACGGCCAAAAGUUCGUUUCUCGGAUGCGCGAGUUCCUCCCUCUCUUUGAAGUGUGGGUGCGCGAUGUCGUGGCCAAAUCCGCCAAGAAAAAGAGUGGUGCUCGAACCACAGCGAAGGUGUAUGACAUCCCCAUUACACAGGUCCUCGAUUUCAUGCUGAAGUCGAGAUCUCACAUGGAGGAGAUAUUUGCCAACCCUGGCGGCGCGGUGGUGGGAAAAGAAGAGGGACAGAAGCUUGGGUUAGCGGGCGAGCAUCUUUUUCCACUCCCGACACGUCCUGCCCGUAACGCUGGGCCCAACAACAUGCACGGCACCUUGGUACAACGCAUGCCACAGCACAACUUCGAUGGUUUUCUCGCUCAGGCUCGCACAAAGGUGUACGUAGGAGAUGUCGUCAUGUGUGACUUGCGAGAUGAAGGCUCGCCGGACCCGCUUCAGACGCCCUGCCGAAUAACAGCGACGUUCUUGGUUGAAAAGAGCAGGCGACUGGUGGUCACCGUGCGGCUUUUCCGGGAUGCUCAUGAAGUGCUCGGAGUGGCCCAUGACGACCCUGCUUUUGUGCAGGAUGGGGUGGUUCGAGUUUGGGAACAGGUGGGAGAUGCAUCUGAGACCGAUCUUCGCGACAUCACGCAGGUGCUUGACCGGGUAGAAGUUUUCACCCGAGCGGAGUUGCGGGAUGGUGCACACCUUCGCCCGUGGAUAGGGGAGGGUACACGGCGGGAGGGAUGGACGUUUGUGGGAGAGGGCUUUGUCACGCGUCGUGGACACCGCUUCGUGAGAAGACGGGAUCCGUUCAAGGAGGGCGGAUGGCGUCGAGCGGGCAGCGAAGAAGAGAAUUACCCAGACAUAAGGAGCGCUGACGUCAUCCACAACGCUUUGAACCUCAAGUUCAUCAACUUGCCUAUCGGCUAUUCGGCGGAUGACUUCAACGCUUUCGGAAUGGCGACCCCGUAG